AUAUUAAAGAUUAAAGAAUGUUUGAAAAGUUUUAUUCCAAUUAUUUAUAGAUAAAGUACAUUGUUUGUAUUUAAUUUGUGAGAAUUCUUUAUUAAAAUUAAUUUCGUUUUGUUGAUCAUUUAAGGAAUAUAGGCCCUAUUGAAAAAAAUCAAUAUAUAAAUGGCUUUCCCGAACUUCACUAAUUCAGAAAAUCAAAAUUUUUUAAAAAAUAAUUUUUCAAAAAAAGAAAUUAAAAAUAUUCAACACAAAAAUAUCAAAACACUAUAAAAUGAAUUCGCGUCAAAUCUUCUUUGCUCUCUUGAUUGUGCUUAUGGCUACUAUCGUAACAGCCUCUCCUAUGAAUUUCGAUCAAUUAACUAAGAGGAGAAAUGCUCAAAAAGACAAAAGUCCAUCGAAAGAAAAAAACGGCGAAGUCAAGAUUGCAGCUGUUGUACCUAAAGGCCAUACCGCAUUAAUAGUUAGACGUACCAUAAUAAAGGAAUGUGUU